GGGAUUGGCACUGGAAACAGCUGUAUAUAUUUUGAACAUGGUUCCUUCAAAGUCGGUAGAAACUACUCCUUAUGAGAUGUGGAAAGGGCGCAAGCCCAAUUUCUCACAGUUUCGAAUAUGGGGUAGUCUUGCACACGUGUUAGUGCAGGAAGCUGGCAAGUUAGAGAAAUGUUCGGAAGCACGAGUGUUCGUUGGCUAUCCCAAGGGAAUGAAAGAUGGAUUAUUUUAUAGUCCCGAGGAUUCGAAGGUGAUCGUUAGCACGAACGCUAGAUUCUUGGAAGAAGACUAUAUUAUGAAUCACAAGCCUGCUAUUAUGCUUAAGUCCAUUCGGAUUCUCUUGGCUGUAGCCGCUCAUAUGGACUAUGAAGUCUGGCAGAUGGAUGUCAAGACGGUUUUUGUUAACGAAAACCUUCAGGAGGACAUCUAUAUGCAACAACCAGAGGGAUUCAUUGCAAAAGGUCAUGAGCAUCUAGUGUGUACGCUUAAUCGGUCCAUUUAUGGAUUGAAGCAAGCUUUGAGGUCUUGGAACAUUCGGUUCGAUGAGGUGAUCCAGUCGUACGGGUUCACUCAAUGUCCGGAUGAGCACUGCGUGUACAAGAAAAACAAUGCGAGCAUGGUGGUGUUUCUUAUGCUGUACGUGGAUGACAUACUUCUUAUUGGAAACAGUAAAAAAGAGUUGUUAGACGUAAAGGUGUGGUUGUCUAAGCAGUCUGAUAUGAAGGACUUAGGAGAAGCGGGACACAUUCUUGGUAUUAGGGUCAUUCGAGACCGUAAUAAGAGAAUGUUAUGCUUAUUCCAGUCUUCAUACAUAGGUACUGUCAUGGCAAGGUUCAGCAUGCAGGAUUCCAAGAAAGAUACCUUGCCUUUCAGGAAAGGAAUCCAUCUCUCUAAGGAGAUUUCUCCCAAGACGUCUCAAGAGAUUGAGGACAUGAAGACAGUUCUUUAUGCAUCGGCAGUAGGAAGUCUUAUGUAUGCUAUGCUUUGUGCUAGGUCAGAUAUCAGUUAUGCCGUUGGCUUAGUAGCUAGAUAUCAAAGUAUUCCGGGUAGGGAACAUUGCUCUGCGGUGAAGCAUAUACUCAAGUACUUGAGAAAGACUAAGGAGUACAUGUUAGUUUACCGUGAAAACAACUUGUUACCUCUUGGUUACAGUGAUUCUGAUUUCCAGUCAGAUAGGGACGAGAGUAAGUCAACCUCUAGUUAUGUGUUUACCUUGGGAGGUGGAGCCAUUUCAUGGAGGAGUGCUAAGCAGAAAUGCGUGGCAGACUCCACCAUGGAAGCCGAGUACAUAGCAGCCUCAGAGGCAGCGAAAGAGGCAAUUUGGCUCAGAAACUUCUUAGUGGAUUUAGAAGUGAUUACGAGUUUGCCACGUGGUAUCACCGUGUACUGUGAUAACAGUGGAGCA